UAUUGAAGUUGCACGUUUCGUGCGUUCAGCUGUGCGAGUGUAAACCAUAUCAAAUUAUACAUAACUAAAAUCCAAAUAAUCAUCCACUUGGAAUAUAAAAAAUAAAGCAUAAUGUUCCGGUUUCAAAGCACAAUCGCUUUGGUCCUGCCAAUGCUGCUGGUGGCCAUGCAAGGCGCCGUCCAUGCCAGCUACCAGGGCAACAUGUUCCUGAAUGGCCAAUACCAGAACCAGAUCAAGCAGCAGCCCGAAACGCACUUCUCUGUGAAUCCCUCCACGAAUGUCUUCCUGCAUCAUGCUGUGAUCAGCCGGCAAGCAUCCCCCUUCCAGGCACCCACAUACCUGCCUCCGCCGGAGCUGCUCAAGUGCUACAAUGGCCAGCAGUGCGUGCGCAAGGAUCAGUGCCAGAAUGGCUACUACAGCCAGCAGCUGCCCAAGAUACAGAACUGUCUGCCAGAGUCCAACGUCUGCUGCACGUAUCGCCCACCAGUAACCACCACCACGACGACAACGACCAGGAGAACAACCACACCUGUGCCGUAUGCCACCUGUCGCACUGACCAGGACUGUGUACAGUCGCAAGACUGCCGCAAUGGCGAAAUCGUUGCCCCCAACUAUAUCAAAGAGCAGCGGCCCAAUCGCUGUUAUGCUCCACAGGUUUGCUGCCGCAUACCCGCGACGACGCUGUCCAGUACUGGCUACAUCUUGACUGUGCCCGAAAAGGGCUUUACGCUGCCCACGAAUCCCACCCUGCCAGCCGUGCGCGUAACCCAGUCCACUUACCGUCCACAGCCAACCAGUACGCCCGCACCACGCCCCACAAACCAGUACCUGCCGCCUGAGACGACGACUCGCCCAACACCCACCCCGACCCCAUAUCGGCCAGUGACCACGACACGUCGCCCCCCCAUCGACUAUCUGCCGCCCGUGGGCGUCAAUGAGAUUCCACACCGCGAGCCACGCCCCACCCAGCCACCCACACGCUACGAGCCCGAUCGUGUGCCACAGCCAUCGAAUCCGAACCCCGUGUACCGCGGCGAGGAUCAACUCUCGCCCCAGAUCUUCCCCACGCCCAAGGGUUUCGACAAUUUACCCGGCACUAACGACGUUUUCCCCAAGCACUAUGCCAAGUGCGCCUCUGCGCUCGUCUGCACCCCGGAGAACUACUGCAAUGCGCUCGGCGUACUGAGCGAAACCCCGUUGACGCUGAGCGCCCGGGAGGCUGCGUUCCGUGUGCCACUCACCGACUGCCUGGUACCCGACUCUGGAGCGCCCGGCAAGUGCUGUCGCGAUCCCAACUACGUUGAUCCAUGGCCCGUCAAUCCGAAUGGCGUCUGCGCCAUGCGCAACAAGCGCACCAAACCCAAAGGCAUAAAGGACAUUGAUACGAACUUCGCUGAGAUUCCAUGGCAAGCAAUGAUUGCUCGCGAGUCGAACAAGAAGCUGCUCUGCGGCGGUGCCAUCGUUGGCGACGAUAUCAUCCUCACCUCGGCCAAAUGUGUGGCUGACUUGCCCGUCAGCGAUGUGCGCGUUAAGGCCGGCGAAUGGCAACUGGGCAGCACCAAUGAACCACUGCCAUUCCAGCUGGUUGGCGUCAAGUCUAUCGAUGUGCAUCCCAAAUAUAAUCCAGAGGACGGAACCAAUAACAUGGCCAUCAUACGCCUGGAGAGACGCUUGGAGUUCGCCACGCACAUUGGCCCCAUCUGCAUCAGCGACAAGGAUCCAGAAAAGAAUGAGCAGUGCGUGACCACUGGCUGGGGCCAGCUGGCGUUGAGUAUUCACGAGGAGGGCGCCAUUAUGCACGUGACUGAGACGAUAAAGCAGUCACGGAAGUCUUGUGGCGCUGAUGCCACCAGUGUCUGCAGUGCCACCAAGUUCGAUGCGUGCGAAUUCGAUGAGGGCAGCGCGCUCGCCUGCGGCAGCGGCUCCUCUGUCGUUCUCAAGGGUAUCUACAGCUUCGAGAAGGGCUGCGGCGAGAACCAAACUGUGACCUUCUCGAAGCCCGACAUCUCAUGGAUAAAUCAGGCAUUCGUGGACCGCAGCAAGCCCUUGCUGCUCAGGCGCUUCUAAAGCACAUCCUCUGCUCCCAGCAGAGCUUCUUUUUUAGCCAACCAAGUGUAUAACAAACAGACGAUAAAGAAGAGGACCGAGACGUUAAUGUUGAAGAAAACAGAAAGAGAUGAUUAUAGAAUGAUGUGAGAUCACGUUUUUAUUAGUUGAACUAUUUUUA